AUGGCGAAACUUAGCGCCAGAUAUUUGGUUGCGCCAAUUCCUGAUUUCAGUAUCAUGAAUGCGCUUCAGAAAAUCGAUUUAUCCUGGAACAUGAUUAAUGGACAAAUUCCUUCAUUCCUGGGCACAUUUCCAGAUCUUCAUGAACUGAACUUGGAAUACAAUGGUUUCAGUGGACAAGUACCAAAUACACUGGCAUGCAACAAAAACUUGAACUUAAGAUUGACCGGUAACGGGAACUUGUACACAUCGGGUUCGUGCUCAAAUAAUAAUCCAUCUCCUCCACCAAAUACUAGACACAUUGGUAGCUCCUCCGAAAAUAAGAGUAAUGCGGGUGCAAUAGCCGGAGGCACAAUUGGCGCUCUCGCUUUUAUCGGUAUUUGUGUCGGUAUUUUCGCCAUUUAUCACCACAGAGCUAGAACAGCAGCUGCCAUUGCUGAAGCUGCUUCAACAGGGCCCGACAUCGCCAAAGGCAAUUCAUCCGUAGAGCAGGCGCCCAUGGAUACUCGUUCCAAAGGCAAUUCAUCCGUAGAGCAGACGCCCAUGGAUACUCGUUCCAAUAAGACGAACGCAAUAUAA